AUGGCCGGACAGACGGACAGAGAAGGUGCCGAGCUGGCGACGGGUGGCACCCGCCGGGGCAUCGUGGUCUCCACCUUGGCCGAAGCUCGGUUCUUCGCCGAGGGGGGGUUCGAUGACAUCCUCUACGCCUACCCCCUGCCGGGGGGGCGGCUGGAGGAAUGCGCCGCCUUGGCCAAGCGCCUUCAAGCCUUCCAGGUCCUCCUCGACAACCCCCAGGCCUUGGACCUCCUGCGCCAGCACCCGUUGCCCCCCGGCAAACGUUGGCUCGUCUGGCUCAAGCUCGACUGCGGCAACGGGGCAGCCGGCGUGCGACCCACGGACCCCGGUGCCAUGUCCCUGGCCCGGGCCAUCGCCCAGGAGGCACCAGAGGUGGUGACACUGGUGGGGGUCUACGCUCACUGUGGAGACACCUACGGCUGCCAUGAUGUCCCUGCUGUCCAAGCCAUCGCCCGGGCCACCACCGCCGCCCUGAUGGACUUCGUCACCGCGCUGCGACAGGCGGGCAUACCGUGUCCCCAGGCCACCAUCGGCUCCACACCAUCCUGCAGCCACCCGGUGCCGGAGAUGGCCCAGCUCACCGAGCUCCACCCGGGCAACUACCUCUUCUAUGACCUUCAGCAGACCCUGCUGGGUUCCUGCCAGCCGGAGGAGGUGGCCAUCCGUGUCCUCACCAGGGUCAUCGGUCACUACCCCCACCGCAACCAGCUGCUGGUGGACUGCGGGUGGGCUGCCCUCAGCCUCCACGGCCGUCACCAAUCAACCGCGGGCUGUGCCACCAUCGAGGGGCACCCCCAGCUCAGGCUGGUGGGGCUGACCCAGGAGCAUGGGCAGGUGGAAGCUGUUGAUGGCCAGUUGGACUUCAAGCGCUUCCCGUUGGGCAGCACCCUGGCUCUCAUCCCCUACCACGCCUGUGCCACCGCCGCCAUGCACCCCGUCUACUAUGUCCACGCCGAGGGGAAGGUGGUGGAGCUCUGGCACCCCGUCCGUGGCUGGUAGGAAGGAGAGCGAGGAGCUUCUGGGGUGCUGUGCCCCACGUUGGGGUGUUAUGCCCCACGUUGGGGUGCUGCACCCACACCAAGACCCUGCACCCAUGCCAAAACCCUGCACCCAUGCCAAGAACCUCUACCUGCACCUAUGUCCUCCACCCACACCAAGA